GGGGCGUGCCCCAAGCUUGGGGGCGGAGCCGGCGCCGCGGUAGGCUGCGGCACUCUCCUGAGCCCUUUCAGCAGUGGUUUGGUCCGGGACCCGGGCCACCCACAGGGAGGUGGGAGCUCCUUGGCCCCGGACUUGGAAGCCCCCGAAGGCAAGACUAGCUCCGUGUUGUUCCUCCCGGGGCUGACCCCGAGGCCCGGCUAUGGACGGCGAGAGCGAAGUGGAUUUUUCUAGUAACAGCGUAACCCCUUUGUGGCGGAGGCGUUCGACCCCUCCGCCUCAGCUGCCGGGCCGGAGCAAGCCGAGGCCCAAGUCUUAUCAGAGUCCCAGCGGGUUGCUGAUCACGGAUUUCCCGGUGGAAGACCGAGGGACGCUCCCCGCCGCGCAGACUCCCGCCCAAGUGCCCACCGGCUCGGACAGCAGGACGGCCCACAGGAGUCCCAUGCUUCUGGGCACCCACUGGAGAGCAGUGGCUAAUGGUGGUAUAGUCUCCUUGGAAUACAAAGCUGCCUCUCCCAGACGACCCAAGUCACCUCAGGUCCCCAAAGCGGUGCCUGGCGGCUCCCCGAAAUCCCCAGCGAACGGCACUGUGACCUCGCUUUCCCCGCUGCCACCGCCGCCGGUGCUGCGCCCCCCGCGGACUCCUAACGCCCCCGCCCCCUGCACCCCCGAGAAAGACCCCGCCGGCUUGACUGCCCACCCAGUGCCUUCCUCUGCUGCCAAUGGCUUUGCCCCUAGUAACGACUCUCCUGGCUCCGGUUCGCAGUCUGGCCAGUUGGCUAUAGACCCGGAACGGGUAACCGGGAGACUGUCUCCUGCGCUCCAGAAAAGGUCUUCUGAACAAAAACUCUCCCUCCAGAGAUUACCCUCGCAGGAGAACGAGCUUCCUGAGAAUCCUUCCGUGAUUUUGAGUACAAACAGCCCUGCCGCCCUCAAAGUGGGAAAACAGCAGAUCAUUCCGAAGAGCCUGGCCUCGGAAAUCAAAAUAAGCAAAUCCAACAGCCAGAAUGUGGAGCCCCAUAAGAGGCUCCUCAAGGUGCGCAGCAUGGUAGAAGGCCUCGCAGCACCCCUGGGCCACGCAGGGGACGAGGCCGAGGUCGACAACGACUUGGACAGCCCAGGGUCUCUGCGGAGGGGCUUGCGGUCCACGUCCUAUCGCAGGGCGGUGGUCAGUGGCUUUGAUUUUGACAGUCCUACUAGCUCGAAGAAGAAGAACAGAAUGUCCCAGCCUGUUCUGAGAGCAGUGAUGGAAGACAAGGAGAAGUUUUCCAGCCUGGGAAGGAUAAAGAAAAAAAUGCUGAAAGGACAAGGAACAUUUGAUGGGGAAGAAAAUGCUGUCUUGUAUCAAAACUACAAAGAAAAGGCCCUUGACAUUGACUCUGAUGAGGAGUCGGAACCCAAAGAACAGAAGUCAGAUGAAAAAAUUGUGAUUCACCAUAAGCCGCUGAGAUCCACGUGGAGCCAGCUCUCUGCAGUGAAAAGAAAUGGAUUAUCUCAGACAGUAAGCCAGGAGGAAAGAAAGAGACAAGAGGCUAUCUUUGAAGUCAUAUCCUCUGAACAUUCAUAUUUACUCAGCUUGGAGAUCUUGAUACGAAUGUUUAAAAAUUGUAAAGAACUGAGUGAUACCAUGACUAAAACUGAGAGGCACCACCUCUUCUCCAAUAUUACGGACGUCUGUGAGGCGAGCAAAAAAUUCUUCAUAGAGCUGGAAGCAAGACAUCAGAAUAAUAUCUUUAUAGAUGAUAUAAGUGACAUUGUGGAAAAACACACAGCAUCCACAUUUGACCCAUACGUGAAAUACUGCACAAAUGAAGUGUACCAGCAACGAACGCUGCAAAAAUUGUUAGCCACCAACCCAUCCUUUAAGGAAGUAUUGUCAAGGAUUGAGUCCCAUGAAGACUGCAGGAAUUUACCCAUGAUCUCUUUUCUCAUUCUCCCCAUGCAGAGGGUGACCCGGCUGCCCUUGCUGAUGGAUACUAUUUGCCAAAAAACACCUAAGGACUCUCCAAAGUAUGAAGUCUGCAAAAGGGCCUUAAAGGAAGUGAGCAAGUUGGUUCGACUGUGCAAUGAAGGAGCCCGGAAGAUGGAAAGGACCGAGAUGAUGUAUACAAUUAACUCCCAGCUGGAAUUUAAAAUUAAGCCUUUUCCUUUAGUCUCCUCUUCCCGGUGGUUGAUAAAGAGAGGUGAGUUGACGGCCUACGUAGAAGACACGGUGCUUUUCUCAAAAAGGACAUCCAGACAGCAAGUUUACUUCUUUCUCUUUAACGACGUGCUCAUCAUCACCAAGAAGAAGAGUGAAGAGAGUUACAACGUCAACGAUUAUUCCUUAAGAGAUCAGCUAUUGGUGGAAUCUUGUGACAAUGAAGAACUUAAUUCUUCUCCGGGGAAAAACAGUUCCACGAUGCUUUAUUCGAGACAAAGCUCUGCCAGUCACCUCUUCACUCUGACAGUCCUUAGUAACCACGCGAAUGAGAAAGUGGAAAUGCUGCUCGGGGCUGAGACACAGAGUGAGCGAGCCCGCUGGAUAACAGCCCUGGGACACAGCGGUGGGAAGCAGCCUACGGACCGAACCUCACUGACCCAGGUGGAGAUCAUUAGGUCUUUUACUGCCAAGCAGCCAGAUGAACUCUCCCUGCAGGUGGCAGACGUGGUCCUCAUUUAUCAGCGUGUCAGCGAUGGAUGGUAUGAGGGGGAACGACUGCGAGAUGGAGAAAGGGGCUGGUUUCCUAUGGAAUGUGCCAAGGAGAUAACGUGCCAAGCUACAAUCGAUAAGAAUGUGGAGCGGAUGGGACGCUUGCUGGGACUGGAGACCAACGUGUAGCCUCCCAGAAGGCCUUUUGUUACUGUGAGAUUUGCACUACUGCGUCUGGUGGGCUGGUUGGUUCUGGGCUGGUUUUAUUGUUAAUUUUAUCACAGCCUAUUUAAUUUAAAGAAUGAAAACACUUGCCUUUAAACUUGCAAGGUUGUUGUGUUCUCUCAGGAGAACAGUCACCAGAUACAGUUCAGUUUUUAGCAUAACCACUCACUCGCAGAUUUCUUUAGGGACACAGGAUCACUGAGCAGGCCACUCCCGGGAUCAGGCCGUCUCAGCUCCUUCCAGCUUCACCAUGUUCUGGCAUGAAAAUGCACAUGAGCUUCUGUUUCCUGGUUUUCUCCUCACUGCACUAAGGUCACCAUUCCUCCUUAAACAUCUCCUGUAUGUGGUUCUCCCAGUAGUAGCAAGAUUUUAUGUCUUUCAGGAAUGUUCAGUUUUAUAAGUAUUUUUCCUGCCUCUUUUAACAUCUGAUUCUAAUGCUAUGUUAAUUUCAAAAGGAACUGGGGCGGUGCCUGUGGCUCAAGGAGUAGGGCACCGGUCCCAUAUGCCGGAGGUGGUGGGUUCAAACCCAGCCCCGGCCCAAAAAAAAAAAAAAAAAAAAAAAAAAAGGCUCAAAAGGAACUGGUAGAGUUCGGAAGGUGAGUGGUUGUGUUUUUCUACACCUCUUCCCAGGAAAGGGACACUGACACUUGAAUUUUUGCCACGUUUUUCCUCAUUAGAUGGUGAGAAGUCUUAUGUAAAGGAAAUAUAUUUUUUAAUUCAUCUCACUCCAUAUUGGUGUUAGAUAAGUAUAGCCUAAUAAACCUAAGCUACUUUAAAUAACAUAGAAUGCAGACAAGUUCAGGGGUGUGAGAAAAUCCUGAGCAUUGCACAGGGGAUGUACUUUUUUCAUUAUUUCCAAAUAAGCUGAUUUAAAAACCUGACGUGAGGCAGCUUUGUUUUCAAUAAUUGUUCCUGCUUCACAGUUUCCAAGUAAGAAAUCAGCGGAAACACUGUAACCAUCUCGAGGAAGGGAAAAUCAGACUUUAGAGGGUAUCAGGAACCCAGCAUGGUACCUAUCUGAAACCUUUUGAGACCUUAGUUGGGAAUCCAUUCUAUUUGGACAGAAGGUCAUACUUGCUGUACUUGCGUGAGUUUCCACAGAUCAUUAUUUCUUCCACUAGUGCAAGGAGAGAGAGAAGUUAUUUUAAUAGUCGGUUUCAUAGAGAUAAAGAGGAUUUGGAAGACUAGGAGGGGAGAAAUGUUUUACUGGCAGCUGUGUGCCUUCUUGACUCCACUCUCUUUGACAAAGGGCUAAAACCUGGCAAAGUGUCCAUUACCAGAGGACUCAUGUCUGUGUGUACCCAGCUACCGUCUGCUAACUGGUUUCUCAAAUGGUAAGGUUACGGAAGUCCAGUGUUCUGGCUCACACACCUAGCACACUGUCACCUCAGCAGCGAGCCAGUGUGGGGGCCCUUGGGGGCCUCUGACCCUUGGAUUUUGCUGUCUUUGUUGCAUAUUUUUGGUUGUAAAAGACAUUCCUGGCCCUGAGUUCCUCUGGGUCUAGGCAAGUAUGUUAAUGAAGUAAUAGCCGGGAGACCACAGAAAGGGGUUUGCAAAACAAGAAGUCUGUCUCCUCUUUUAUAACGUCUCAGACUUUCUAGAGGACAGGCUAAUAUGUUGCAAUUUAAUGUAAGGUCAUGUUUUAUUUAGGAAGGAAGGUAAAUUUGUUGCUUGCAAGAAAAAAUCAUUUUGUAUUAUUUUUGCUAAUACCCAGUUGAAGCUAAAAAAGCAACUAUAUGAAUGAAUCCUGUGAAUUAAUUUAUAAGUAGAGUUGUUAAACAGCUUUGGAAAUAUACGCAUCUUAUAAAUCAAAGCCUUAUUCAGUGAGCAGGUCAAUACUCAUUGGUAAGGUGUGGCUAUACAGCCGGUCUUUCACAAAGUGUUUGGUUUCAACCUUGAAUUGCUUUUGUUUUCAAACCUAGUUCAGUUGCUGUGAACACCACUUCUGAAUUGUACAUUAACUUCAUUUGUGAAGAACAAAACUGUUCAUUUUUGUCCCAGUAAAUUCAGACUGCCUGUACACUUUUGGCAAAAUAUGUGAAUUUAUAAAGAUUUUGUA